CCGGAUGUUCACUCCUGGGCACCCGGGGAAGUGGAAGCGCCGGGCCCUGCUGCGGGGGGGAGAGCCACAGACGCCGGGACCGGGACCGCCGCCGCCGCCGCCACCAUGAGUGAUCAGCAGCUGGACUGUGCCUUGGAUCUCAUGAGGCGCCUGCCUCCACAGCAGAUCGAGAAGAACCUCAGUGACCUGAUCGACCUGGUCCCCAGCCUAUGUGAAGAUCUCCUGUCUUCUGUUGACCAGCCACUGAAAAUUGCCAGAGACAAGGUGGUGGGAAAGGAUUACCUAUUGUGUGACUACAACAGAGAUGGGGACUCUUAUAGGUCACCAUGGAGUAACAAGUAUGAUCCUCCUUUGGAAGAUGGGGCCAUGCCAUCUGCUCGGCUGAGAAAGCUAGAAGUGGAGGCCAACAAUGCCUUUGACCAGUACCGAGACCUGUAUUUUGAAGGCGGUGUCUCAUCUGUCUACCUCUGGGAUCUGGAUCACGGCUUUGCUGGAGUGAUCCUCAUAAAGAAGGCUGGAGAUGGAUCCAAGAAGAUCAAGGGCUGCUGGGACUCCAUCCAUGUGGUAGAAGUGCAGGAGAAGUCCAGUGGCCGCACUGCCCAUUACAAGUUGACCUCCACGGUGAUGCUGUGGCUGCAAACCAACAAAUCCGGCUCGGGCACCAUGAAUCUCGGAGGCAGCCUCACCAGACAGAUGGAGAAGGAUGAAACUGUGAGCGACUGCUCCCCGCACAUAGCCAAUAUUGGGCGCCUGGUGGAGGACAUGGAAAACAAAAUCAGAAGUACACUGAACGAGAUCUACUUUGGAAAAACAAAGGACAUCGUCAAUGGGCUGAGAUCUCUUGAUGCUCUCCCCGACAACCACAAGUUUAAACAGUUGCAGAGGGAGCUUUCUCAAGUGCUGACCCAGCGCCAGGUCUACAUCCAGCCUGAUAACUAAGCCAAUCCAGGUCUGUGCAGACUUUUGCAGACAAAUCAAAACAAGAAGCUCUUAAGAACGACCUGGUGGAGGCAUUGAAGAGAAAGCAGCAGUGCUAAACCUCCGCUUUGCUAACCGGACACGCCAUGCACUCGUUAGAUUCCUUUCUUAGAAAACUCGUUUUCUGCUCCCUUUCCUUGUCCCCUCCCUCCCGAGCAGGUCACAUAACACCUUGCAUCAUCGACCGCACAGCGCCAUCUCUCCCUGAGAAUAAAGCCCGAUAAACACCCUCCUCUGGCUCCGAGGCCUGCUUCCCACCACAUUUUGCUAUCGAAACUCUCGAUGUUUCCAUAGAGACCUGUGUUUUCUGUUCACCUGGGCCCCGCCCCCCCCAUUUAUAGGCAUAAGAUACACUGUCUGUCGGCCACCCCUCCCACCUUUUUUGUUACAUUGGUGUAAAAAAUGUAAAACAAAAAAAUUUUAUGAAAUAACUGUGGUGUGUGAAAGAUAGAAGAAAAACUGGAAAUCUGA